CUUCGGUGCGGCGGCCGCGGGUUGCUCGUGCUGAGCCCUCCCACGCCCACCUGUUGAUCGUUGGCAGGCAGACCACACGCCCGCCGCACCAUCGCUUCCUGUCCCCUCCUUAGGCGUAGCGCAGAGCCUGAGCUACCCUGCACGCGGACCCCUCGGAUGCUCUGCGUUGGCUCAGCUACCCAACUACCCCCAGAAAUUCAGCUUGGCUUCUCCAUUAAUAGUGCGACUUAACCGAUCUUCCAUCCCCUAAUUCUCGGUGCCGUGUAUGCAGCCUUGGAAAGCAGAAAGCGUUCUGUUUUAGCCAUUUCAGUUGAAGUGAAAAUCUGUUGGAUCUCAGUCACACCGACAUACAGUUUUAUUUCCUGUGUGUCCUUUCUGUAAUUCUUAAAUUCAAGCAGAAACAGGGUCGGGCAUUCUGAUGCAGGAGGUAAAAGGCUUGGCUUAGGGUGGGGAUACCAGAGGUAACUGCUUCCAAGCGUCUACCUUUGGUGCUUACUCCUGCAGGGAGUGCUUGGUGGCCCCCGCCCCCAUGCCCACCCACGAUGCCCUUGUCCCGCUGGCUGAGAUCUGCGGGGGUCUUCCUGCUGCCGGCCCCCUGCUGGGCACCCCGGGAGAGGUGUCUUGGUUCCGAGCAACGACCCUCCCUGGCAUAUAGGUGUCCAGUCCUGGGGGCCUGGCACAGUGCCCGCUGGUGGUGCCAAGUGUGGACAGAGGAGCCUCGAGCAUUUUGUACCUCUCUCAGAAUGAAUGGGAACCAGAAAUUGGAGGCUUGUAACCAAGACAGGCAGGAUUUCGUCCAGCACUUCUCCCAGAUUGUCAAGGUGCUGACUGAGGACGAGCUAGGCCACCCGGAGACAGGCGAUGCCAUUGCCCGGCUCAAGGAGGUCCUGGAGUACAAUGCCGUGGGAGGCAAGUACAAUCGGGGUUUGACUGUGCUCCAAGCCUUCCGGGAGCUGGUGGAGCCGAGGAAACAGGAUGCCGAGAGUCUUCAGCGGGCCCUGACUGUAGGCUGGUGUGUAGAACUGCUCCAGGCUUUCUUUCUUGUGUCAGAUGACAUCAUGGAUUCUUCUCUCACUCGACGUGGACAGAUCUGCUGGUACCAGAAGCCAGGCAUAGGCUUGGAUGCUGUCAAUGAUGCUCUGCUUCUGGAAGCCUGCAUCUACCGCCUGCUGAAGUUGUACUGCAGGGAGCAGCCCUACUACCUGAACCUGCUGGAGCUCUUUCUGCAGAGCUCCUAUCAGACAGAGAUUGGGCAGACCCUUGACCUCAUAACAGCACCCCAGGGCCAUGUGGAUCUUGGUAGAUACACUGAAAAGAGGUACAAAUCUAUUGUCAAGUACAAGACGGCUUUCUAUUCUUUCUACCUGCCUGUGGCGGCUGCCAUGUACAUGGCAGGCAUUGAUGGGGAGAAGGAACAUGCCAAUGCCAAGAGGAUCCUGCUGGAGAUGGGCGAGUUCUUUCAGAUCCAGGACGACUACCUUGAUCUCUUCGGUGACCCCAGUGUGACUGGAAAGGUCGGCACUGACAUCCAGGACAACAAAUGCAGCUGGCUGGUGGUUCAGUGUCUGCUACGAGCCACUCCACAACAGCGUCAGAUCUUAGAGGAGAAUUAUGGGCAGAAGGACCCAGAGAAGGUGGCACAGGUGAAAGCGCUGUAUGAAGCGCUAGAUCUGCCAACUGUGUUCUUAAAGUACGAGGAAGACAGCUACAGCCGCCUCAAGAGCCUCGUGGAGCAGUACUCUGCCCCACUGCCCCCAGCCAUCUUCCUGGAACUAGCAAAGAAGAUCUACAAGCGGAAAAAGUGACCUCGAGCUUGCAAAGGCUUUGAGGGAAGGGAUCUCAAUAAAUUAUUGUACA